AUGGCCCCCAAGGAUUCGGGACACAAAGGUGAUCUUCGCCGUGAUCGAGCCAGAACUCGUACGGCCAAAGAUCAAACCCCAUCCUCUCAAUCAUCCAACAAUCCCACGUCCAAACACAUCCAUCCCACACCGCAAAAUGCGCAAACAACAACCUCAAAUACUCAAAUUACCCCACAGCCUCUCAGCCCACAAACCCUCCAUCAACACAGUACCCAUCAACAAGCUCAACUCUCCCAAGAUCCAUACCAUGCGCAUACCAUACGCCAAAACGAGAUUCGGAGCCUCCAAAACAGUUUCGGAGUAGAAAUUCCAUCCGAGCUCUACCAAAACAAAAUAUCGGGAAUUUAUCAAAGUCAAACAUACACCCCGAUUCCAACGCAAACCUAUACACCCACCCAAGCAUAUUCGAUCCAGUAUCUAGCCCCCGAAAACGUAGUUCCAUACACAGAAGAGCCCACAGACGAUAAUAAUACAUGGACCGAAACUCAUGAUGACUACAAGAUCAAUGCACAAGAUAUGAUGGACAUGAGCGACGAUUUGAUUGGUAUGGGAGGCCAAUUUCCAGUAUAUUCAUAUCAGACGCCGCGAUGUUCCUACUCGGUUUCUCAAAUGGAAGCAGAUAUGGUGUAG